UGGGAGUCAAGUAUAAAGUUUUAUUCAUUGGGUUUUUUUUUUUCUUUCUUCUUUUUAGUUCAGUACUCGUCUUCCCUUUUCUCUUUCUGGACUUUAAACGACUUGUUUUGUAAAUGGCAGAAGAAAUAAUAAUAAUUUCCCAUGGGAAAAUGAGAGGGCACCUCACUUUGUCACUCAUCACAGUGGCACUGCUCACCUCAUUCGGCUCCUCCAUGCUGUAUGGCUACAACCUAGCAGUGGUCAACUCCCCUACGGAGCAUAUUAAAGAGUUCUACAACAGAACGUGGCUGAGUCGCAACCACACGGAGCUGAGCGAGGAGACCCUCACACUCCUGUACUCGUUUACAGUGUCAGUGUUUGCCAUCGGGGGGCUGCUCGGGUCCCUGCUGGUGGGCAUGCUUGUGACAAAGUUCGGGAGAAAAGGGACGUUGGUGUACUGCACAGUGCUGGUCUUCAUUGCGGGGGGUCUGAUGGGCUUCAGCCGGAUCUGCCACUCCCCGGAGAUGGUCAUUAUUGGGAGGUUCGUUACGGGGAUCCAUUCAGGGAUCUGCCUGAGUGUGGUACCAAUGUACCUGGGAGAAAUCGCUCCUAAGAACCUGAGGGGCUUCCUUGCUCUGGUGCCGAGUAUCUUCAUCUGUCUGGGAGUGUUUUUAGCACAAGUCCUAGGGCUGGAAGAGUUGCUCGGAAAGGAGGCUUACUGGCCCCUGUUCCUUUCUCUGGUGGUGGUGCCAACCUUCGUACAGCUCAUGCUGCUGCCCUGGUUUCCAGAGAGCCCACGAUACCUGCUCAUCGAGAAACAAAACAUCCACGCCACCAUCACUGCCCUAAAGUGGUACCGCUCCAAGUGUAACAUCCAGGUGGAGAUUGAGGAGAUGCAGGAGGAGCAGAGCUCUCUCUCCACGGUGGAGACAGUGUCAGUGUGGGGCCUCAUUAUGGACAAGUCUGUGCGCUGGCAGUUCCUCUCCGUCAUCAUCAUCAACAUGGGCAUGCAGCUGUCUGGCAUAGAUGCGAUCUGGUUUUAUACCAACGCCAUAUUUGCGAAUGCCGGGAUCCCCAAAUCCCAAAUCCAGUACACGACGGUGGGAACUGGAGCGAUUGAGGUCAUUUCAGGACUGAUAGGGUGUUUUACUAUUGAAAAGCUGGGCAGACGGCCAUUGAUGAUCGGUGGGUUCAGUGUUAUGGGAAUUGGCUGUGCAGGAAUUACACUUUCCUUAGUCUUACAGACCCACUUUGCCUUCAUGCGCUACAUUAGUAUUGCUUGUGUGGUGGCAAUUAUUGCUGGCUUCUGCAUAGGACCAGCUGGCAUCCCGUUUCUCAUGACAGCUGAGCUCUUCAAGCAGUCUCACAGGCCCGCGGCCUACACUGUGGGGGGAGCCCUGAACUGGAUGUCCAAUUUCACUGUGGGCUUCGUCUUUCCCUUCCUGCAGAUGUCAGCCGGGUCCUUCUGCUACCUGGUGUUUUGUGGGGUCUGCGUGCUUGUGGCAGUAUAUGUUCACUUUGUCAUCCCUGAGACUAAAAACAAAACCUUCAUGGAGAUCAGCCAGAUGUUUGCCACUAAAGAGCCCACCCUUUCAAAAAGCCCCUCAGGCAACCCCGACGAGCUCAAACUGAAGAAGUUCAGUGGCUACGGAACGCUGGAGAACAGCUGGGUGGAAUUGGACAGCUCUAGGUCCUACCCCUGAGAGUUUGGGUGACAAACAUGGAUAUAAUGUUCAUUUUUGUAGCUGCAAUAUAUAUUCUUACAGUAGCCUUAACUGAACCCCACUGUCUAAACUGACCUACAACCUGACCCAUGCCAUCAGAAUGAAAGAAAGCAAACUUCACUAUCAUAAGUCUGUGAUGAGUGAGUAAAAGAAAUUACAGCUGUCUCUGUUGUUAUUUAAAAAUGUCCUCAAAAUCAGUAAUAACCCCUUUUAAUAAAACACAGACUAGAGGAGGUGUGCUGGAAAUAAAACUAAAUAAGUUUUGAAGUGAAA